GGAGGGGCUUCCUCAGAGAUGAUUUCCGUUUUAUGUUAUUUGACAGUGACGAUUGACGGGAGUCCAUCAGCUCAGUAGCCAUUGAUGGACCACCCCUAUGAAGAAACAGGGUCACAAUGGGACAGAGUACCUCUGAACAAGAGGUCCAAGGAGACAACCCUGAGGACGGGUUUAAUAACAUCAAGACAUUUGUGGAGGAGGAACUACAGACGAGCAUGAUGGUGGGGAUGGUGAUUGGUGCGGGCAUCGCCAUAGUCCUCAUAGCCAUCCUCAUCUUCUUCAUCCUGCGGAGGAUCAAGCUUCGAAACAUAGAAGCUCAGGAAGCACCCAAAUACCGCUUUCGCAAGAGGGACAAAGUCAUGUUCUACGGGCGAAAGAUCAUGCGCAAAGUCUCACAAUCUACCUCUUCCCUGGUGGGUACAUCCUCCUCCUCUCGGCCGCGGCUAAAGAAGAAGCAGAAGAUGCUCAACAUUGCCAAAAAGAUCCUGCGCUUUAAGAAGGAGGUGCCCAUCCUGCAGGCCAAGGAGCCCCCUCCCUCAGUGCUUGAGGCUGACCUCACCGAAUUUGAUGUCGCCAACUCCCACCUCCCCUCUGAGGUGCUCUACAUGCUCAAAAAUGUCCGUGUGCUGGGUCACUUUGAGAAGCCCCUCUUCCUAGAGCUGUGUAAACACAUGGUGUUUGUGCAGUUCCAACAAGGGGAGUACGUCUUCCGGCCGGGCCAGCCUGACUGCAGCAUCUAUGUGGUUCAGGAUGGAAAACUAGAAUUGUGCCUUACUGGAAUUGAUGGCAAAGAAAGUGUUGUGAAGGAGGUUUACCCGGGAGACAGUGUCCACAGCCUCCUCAGCAUCCUGGAUGUCAUCACAGGCCACCAGAAGCCUUACAGAACUGUGUCGGCACGGGCUGCAGAGGUUUCCACUGUUCUCCGUUUACCUGUAGAGGCCUUCCUCUCUAUAUUUGAGAAGUACCCUGAGAGCCUGGUGCGGGUAGUACAGAUCAUCAUGGUUCGUCUCCAAAGAGUGACAGUCCUAGCCCUGCACAACUAUCUAGGGCUCACCAAUGAGCUCUUCAGCCAUGAGAUGCAGCCCUCGCGUCUGCCACCUCCGUCUCCCCACCCAACCCGCACCAGUCCCAUCCGGCAUGGCAAACGUUUUGGCAGCCUGACCGUUACAGAGGAGCAUCGGGAAGCUGCCAUUAAGGGUGAAGAUACAGGAGGAGAACAAGGGAAGGAUGGAGCAACAGUGCCAACUCUUAGCAGGACCAUCUCCAUGCCUGCGGACAUUGCUGGUAUGCAGAAAAGUCUCAGAUCAGACUUUGACAUGGCUUACGAAAGGGGACGGAUCUCUGUCUCUGCAGAGGAUGGCAACACUCCUGUGUUUACUAGGUCUGUAUGCCAGGACCAGCGGGAGCGGAGGGUGACAGUAGAUGAGGUUCCCUCAGGGAUCUAUCUGUAUCCGGAGGAAGAGUCGGGAGUGGACAAUAUCUCCACGCCUGUGUCCAGUCGAUCCAAUGCUGCUUUGUUUGAGGAAGCUCAGAAAGAGAUCCUCAAACUCAUGAAGAUUGAGGACCCAUCCUUGUUAAAUGGGAAAGUGACUCUGCACCAUGCAAAAGCUGGAGCUGUCUUAGCCAGACAGGGAGAUCAGGAUGUGAGUCUGCACUUCGUCCUGUCUGGUUGUCUGCACGUCUACCAGCGGAUGAUUGACAAGCAGGAAGCCGUCUGCUUGUUUGUGACCCACCCGGGGGAGAUGGUGGGCCAGCUCGCUGUGCUCACUGGAGAGCCCCUCAUCUUCACCAUCAAGGCCGUCCGAGACUGUACUUACCUCAAGAUCUCAAAGUCAGAUUUCUACGAGAUCAUGAGGGAGCAGCCCAGUGUGGUGCUGAGUGCAGCUCACACGGUGGCCGUCCGCAUGUCCCCUUUUGUCAGGCAGAUGGACUUUGCUAUUGACUGGAUGGCUGUGGAGGCUGGCAGAGCCCUCUACAGACAGGACGACCAGUCAGACUGCACCUACAUUGUUCUGAAUGGACGUCUACGUUCAGUCAUCCGCAAGACAAAUGGCAAAAAAGAACUAGUUGGGGAAUACGGCAGAGGAGACCUCAUCGGGGUGGUGGAGGCCUUGACCAGACAGCCAAGAGCCACCACUGUCCACGCUGUGAGAGACACGGAGCUGGUCAAACUACCCGAGGGAACACUCAACAACAUCAAAAGACGAUAUCCCCAGGUGGUGACGAGGUUGAUCCACUUGUUAGGCCAGAAAAUUCUGGGAAACCUGCAGCAGGGUCGCGGGCCCUUCUCAGGGUCAGCCCUGGGUCUGCCCAGCGUGACAGCCAGUACUGAUGUCACCAACCCUGCCAGCAACCUCUCCACUGUGGCUGUCCUGCCUGUAUGUGACGAGGUGCCUAUCAAUGCAUUCAACAUGGAGCUCAGCCAUGCCCUCAGUGCCAUUGGGCCCACUCUGCUAUUAACCAGCGAAAUAAUCAAAGAGCGACUGGGCGCCUGUGCUUUGGACUGUAUCCAUGAGUACCGUCUCUCCGGCUGGCUGGCCCAGCAGGAGGACAUCAAUCGGAUUGUCCUUUACCAGACUGACAACAGCAUGACCCCGUGGACUCAGCGCUGCAUCCGCCAGGCUGACUGCAUCCUCAUCGUCGGCCUGGGGGACCAGGAACCUGCCCUUGGAGAGUUGGAGCAGAUGCUGGAGAACACAGCAGUUCGGGCUCUAAAACAGCUGGUCCUUCUGCACAAAGAGGAUGGGCCAGGCCCCUCCAGGACGGUCGAGUGGCUCAACAUGCGUAGCUGGUGCUCCGGGCAUCUUCAUCUCAAGUGUCCCCGCAGGGUCUUCUCCAGACGCAGCCCCAGCAAAAUAAGGGAUGUAUAUGAGAAGGUGUUUGAGAAAACGGCAGACAGGCACAGUGAUUUCUCUCGGCUGGCCCGAGUCCUGACAGGAAACAGCAUCGCCGUGGUGCUGGGAGGAGGCGGAGCCAGAGGCUGCUCUCAUGUGGGUGUGAUCAAAGCUAUGGAGGAAGCGGGGAUUCCUAUUGACAUAGUGGGUGGGACCUCAAUUGGCUCAUUCAUUGGCGCUCUGUACGCUGAGGAGAGGAGUGCCGUCAGAACCAAACAGAGAGCUAGAGAGUGGUCCAAGGCAAUGAAUUCAGUAUUCAAGACAGUCCUGGACCUGACCUAUCCCAUCACCUCCAUGUUCUCGGGUUCUGCCUUUAACACUAGCAUCUAUAAAGUGUUCCAGGACAAGCAAGCUGAGGACCUGUGGCUGCCAUACUUCAACGUUACCACUGACAUCACAGCCUCUGCCAUGCGUGUUCACCAGGAUGGUUGCGUCUGGCGAUAUGUUAGAGCCAGCGCCUCCUACACCCCCUAUUUACCUCCCCUGUGCGACCCCAAGGAUGGCCACUUGCUUGUGGAUGGUUGCUAUGUUAACAAUGUCCCAGGCUCUCUGUGGCGCUAUGUGCGGGCGAGCAUGACCCUAUCGGGGUACCUGCCGCCUCUCUGCGACCCCAAAGACGGCAACUUGCUAAUGGACGGUGGCUACAUCAACAACCUGCCAGCGGACAUUGCAAGGAACAUGGGCGCCAGAACAGUCAUUGCCAUCGACGUGGGUAGCCAAGAUGAGACAGACCUCUGUAACUAUGGUGAUAGCCUGUCUGGCUGGUGGUUGCUGUGGAAACGGAUCAAUCCCUGGGCAGAGAAAGUAAAGGUGCCAGACAUGGCAGAGAUCCAGUCUCGGUUGGCCUAUGUGUCUUGUGUGCGGCAGUUAGAGGUCGUAAAGAAGAGUGCUUACUGCGAGUACAUCAGACCGCCCAUCGACCGCUUCAAGACCAUGGACUUCGGCAAGUUUGACGAGAUCUAUGAUGUGGGCUACCAGCACGGAAAGUUGCUGUUUACUGGCUGGGCGCGAGGCGACAUUAUCGAGAACAUGCUGAAGGACCACCGUUCAGCCGACUACAACGACAGCAAGAGAACUGACUCCAGCACAGGAGCUGACUUCACUGACCUUGCAGAGAUUGUUUCCAGGAUAGAGCCAGUCCAAAGCUACGUAGCUGCAGAAGCGGAGGAGUCAGACUGUCUGACAGAGUACGAGGAAGACGGGAUGGACACGGUGAGAGAGGAGGAGGGGGAGGAAGAGGAGGAGGAGGCAGAGGACCCUGAGGACCACUCCCCUGGAGAGUGGGGCCAGAAUGGAGUCUUUCAGACUGAUGAGGAGAAAUCUGUGAGACAACGCAGGAAACUCACCAGUGACUCCAACACCUCCGAAGUCUCUGACUGUUGACAGAGGGCCAUGGAGGAGUAGAGGGAGUUUAAACAAGACCAAGGGCCAAAUUACGGGUCCAUAAACUGUCAAGGCGAGAAACUCCGCUCCUGCAACUUCUGAAACUCUGAAAUACGGAUUUUGUUUUUCUGCAGGAAAUCGCCGUUCAUGCCCUAAAUUGUUGAACCUUCUUUGCAUCGAGUGGCUUCCCCCUCGCACUCACACUGGCUUCAUCGGUUCACCAUCAAAAAUGAAUAUGGUUUUGAAUAGGAAUGGUCUUUUUAAUGUUUACCCCACCCAGCAGUUUCUCUCAUCACUUUCACACCCAACUUACACAUUGCCAGAAUCCCUGCCUGCCAACUCCCAAACCUGCCAAAACUGGGACUCCCCUAGAAACCUACACAACAAAACACUUAUAGCUUCCAAUUCACUCUCCUGUUUCUCACUUUCAAGUGGCCAAAAGGACCUUGUCUGUGUCUCUGAAUCUGUACGUGUGUCUGUACAUCUUCAUUGCGCUCCACGUUUUUACCCUAUUACGUGGCCCUUUCAUUUCUUGUGUGUGCUUGUUCGGAUGAGUGUGUAUACGUUGCCUGUGUGUUAGGAUGACUGUUUGCUGUGAUUUUUUUUUUUUUAAAUAAUAGCAGGAUACUGAAAAGAAAAGUAAGAAAUACAUGCAAUUGAGCUGUAGUUUGUAAUAUUAACUUUAGCAUUAGUAGGGAGUCAGGAAGGGGAAGCUGUAGGAGGAAUAGAUGUUCACGUAGACGGCAAAGUAGACUUUUUGUUGAAUGAACGGAGCAGAACGAGAAUUGAUUCAAAUUAGGAGACAUUUAAAGAGAAAGACGCGUUAAUGAAUGUAAAAAAGUUUUGAAAUAAAGUAGGAAGGUAAAAGUGCAUGGAUGGAAGAAAAGAGAUGGACCACUGAGUGUGUUCUUUUAAUUUAAUUUAUUUAAGAUUCACCGAGAAUAGAGGGAGCUUGAUUCGCUGUUGGUUGACUAAAUUGCACAGAGGAUGGGGAAAAUGUGUAAUGUAAAUUAAUUCAGGGUGAAUGAGAUGAGUUCAGUGAGAGGAUGACAAUGUGUCUGCGUAUGUGAAAUGUAGCAUUUCAGCUGUUAUGUUUGAGACGAUGCCAGAAAAAAGACGAUGCCUUGUCAACCAGUGUUCGAUCCACUCACAGUGACUGUGGAGAAGAGAGCGCUCAUUUGACUACACACUAAACAACAAACCGGUGUGUGCCCGCCUCUGCUUGCAGGAGGUCACACAUACAGUACUCAAGGUUCCUGCAUAUGGUGGACAAUAAGGUGUGUGUGAGGGUGUAUCUGAGACUGUACAACAAUGAAAAUCUUUAAAACCUAGCCAACAAAUUAUUGUCUGAUAAUACGCAGAAACCCUGAGUACUCCUUAACUUCAAAUGUGCAGAAAUUCACCUGAUGCAAGUAUUAACAAUUAACAUGGACCUAUUGUAGAUUGUAACAGGAGUAUAUUAUAAUAUACACAAAGUUCAUAUUCAUUUAUGUAUAUGAUGUGGAGAUUUGUAAGUUGAUGCUUUGCUGCAAAACAAGGGAACUUACACCUAAACAAAAAAAGGGUUUCUUCUUUUAAAAUUAAAGUUUUAUUUAUACGUGUUAA